CCUAGCUUAGGCUCCUCCCGGGCUCCAGCCUGGGGAUGCGGAGUCACAGGGCUCCGCCGGUGUAAGCGGACUACAGUGAGUCAUCGCCGGAAGCAAAUCAGAGCGAACGGGAAGCAUCCUGCAAGUUGGAUUAGUAGCUGCAGGAGCAGGAGCAGCAGCCGCGGCAGGAACUUCCCAGAUUCAUUGGGCAAGAUCCAUUUUGGUAUCAUCCAUCAACAGACCUUCCCUCGGUAUCAACAGACCUUCCGUGAUGGAUGAUUUUGGGGAAGCAAAUGGCAGUUUUGCCAUCACCUUAUUAAAAAUGUUGGGUGAAGAAUACAACUCACAGAAUGUGUUCUUUUCUCCCCUGAGCAUCUCUUCUGCCCUGGCCAUGGUCUUCAUGGGGGCCAAAGGAGACACUGCAGCCCAGAUGUCCCAGGCACUUUGUUUGAACAAGGCUGGUGAUGUCCACCAAGGUUUCCAGGCACUUCUCUCGGAUGUUAACAGAUCUGACACCCAGUACUUGCUCAGAACUGCCAACAGACUAUUUGGAGAAAAGACGUGUGAUUUCCUCCCAGACUUUAAGGAAUCCUGCCAGAAGUUCUAUCAGGCCGAGUUGGAGGAGCUGUCCUUUGCUAAAGACACUGAGGAAUGCAGGAAGCACAUCAACGACUGGGUGGCAGAAAAGACUGAAGGUAAGAUUUCGGAGAUUUUGGGUGUUGGCACCGUUGAUCCACUGACCAAACUGGUUCUGGUGAAUGCGAUCUACUUCAAAGGCAGGUGGAAGGAGCAGUUCGACAGGAAGCACACAAGGGGGAUGCCCUUCAAAGUCAACCAGGAAAAAAAGACAGUGCAGAUGAUGUUUAAGCAUGACAAAUUUAAAAUGGGCUGCAUAGAGGAGGUGCAAAGCCAGGUCCUGGAGCUGCCCUAUGCGGGAGAGGAGCUGAGCAUGGUCAUUCUGCUGCCUGAUGAAGGCAUGGAUCUUGCAGUGGUGGAAAAGGCACUUACAUAUGAGAAGUUCAGAACUUGGACGGAUCCAGAAAACAUGAGUGAGAUUAAAGUUCAAGUUUUCCUUCCCCGGUUAAAACUGGAGGAGAGCUAUGACUUGGAGUCUUUUCUUCGAAGUUUAGGAAUGACUGAUGCUUUUGAGGAAACCAAGGCAGACUUUUCUGGAAUGUCAACUAAGAAGAAUGUGCCCGUGUCCAAGGUUGCACACAAGUGCUUUGUAGAGGUCAAUGAGGAAGGCACAGAGGCGGCUGGAGCCACUGCCGUCAUCAGGAAUUCCCGGAGCAUCAGAAUAGAGCCAAAAUUCUGUGCAGACCAUCCAUUCCUUUUCUUCAUCAGGCACCACAAAACCAACAGCAUCUUGUUCUGCGGCAGGUUCUCUUCUCCAUAAAGAGAUGCUGUUGCUCACAGGUGCUCCUUUCCCUUCUGCCAACCUUGCCUUGAUUCAGACUCUGUAGGCCCAAAUUGGUGCAUGUGGUGGCAUGAAUGCCAAAAUAAAGUGUUUGCACCUAG